GUACCCCUAAAACGUCCGCUUGGCACGUCCGCUUUUACACAGUCAGAAAAUGCAAAGAACAAUGAUUGCUGCUCUUUUCCUUACCAUCCUUGCCAUUUCAGAUAUUGUGAAUGGUGCUCCACAAGCCCCAACAUCAUGUGCAAUUGACGAACGUGCUCAGAUUCCAUGUGUGUGCUGCAAGAAGGACUGUUGGUAUUCAAUCGCAGCGGCUGCCACACAUGAGCUUGGACAUAUGCCAGGAGAAGCGGGAGAACGUGAAGCAAUGGCAACUUUGAAGCUUAUCCGUGCCUGCAUGAUCUCUGAAUGCUCUGGAAUCUGCUCUGCAUCACCAUUCUGAACAUCGUCUCUAGUAAUUUAUUGAUUCUUGACUCUGAUUCUCACUCACGCCUUCCAUUUCCUUCUCAUCACAUCUCCUCCAAACACCAUAACUAGAUCUCAUAGCUCUCUAAAAACACGUGCUGGACUUUAAAUUUUCCUUACAGAAUUAUUGUUUCAUUGUGAAAAGCAAAACUUGGUUUGUUCUAACUUUUCUAACUUUGAGAAUUUAAAAAAACGCUCUCCAUCACUUUUGAGUUCGGUAUAUGGCAAUACGUCCGGAAUAAAGUUAUACACUC